AUGUUCUACCAGUGCAAUAAAAAUUACUUCAUACAUUGUUAUUGUGUAACAGAUAAUUAUGUUUUUUUAGUUGAAUCACCUUUUUCAAAUAAUUUUAAUUGUAAAUUAAAAUAUUUUCAUAAAGAAGAUAUUAAUAAGAAUGUUUUGAACUUACAAUUAACGAGAAAUAAAGCAUCGGUAACGUUUCCAAAUGAGGGACGUAAUUCGACGGUUAUAAAGUCCAUUCAUUUGGUCAAUGUGCCGAACUUGAAGAAAGGUAACUUAGAAAUAUGCCAUUUCUUAAUAAUCAAUAAAGGUAAUGCUAUUCAAAUAUGCUCAUUAGAUGAGUUAAUACUGUCAGUUGCAGAAACUGGUGUAACAUCCGAUACUUUCCAGCAAUGGGAAAUUACAAAUGUCAAUGUGUCCAUUACCAGCAUAUAUGCUCAAGGAUAUAAGGACAAUACGAUUAUAGUAACAUACUGUACUACAAUGUCAGAUAUUGUACAAUUUCGUUAUGAUAUUCAUAAGAAACACUUUCAAAAGAUAAAAUUGUCCAUACCAUUGAGUAAUAUAAAAGACCAAAUAAUGGAUAGUAUUAUAAAUAUUUCAGGAAUCCAGUUAGGGAUAAACUAUCCCUCUAUCGAAAACGAGUCUUUAUGGUCUACUUUAUCAUCAAGUCAAAUUAUGACAAUCUCAAGUGCUGAUAACACAAUAUAUGUUAUAGUUAAUGAUAAACUAGAAAAAUUGCCAAUUAAGUAUUAUACAGAAGGUGUAAAUUUCGAUAAUAGUAAUAAUAAUGAUAUUCAUGACGGCCAACUGGUGUGGUCUGAUGUGGUAGUAGUGAAAAAAUAUACUAAAGUUACAAAAGUGUAUGUGGUGGCCAAUGUUACAAAUAUAGGAGUGAUCUUAUUUAAAAGAUCAAAAGAUGGCUUUUGGGAUAAAGUUUGUACAUUCAAGAAACGAAAUGCAAUUACGGAGAGAGAAAAAGAAGAGUUUGAAUCAAAUGCAUUGAUUGACUGCAAAAUAUACUUAAGACAGGAUUUAAAUGUGAUCACAGUACUCAGUGGAAGUGAAUCUAACCAUUUAUAUAGAUGGGAUUAUAAUUAUAUAGACGAAACCAUAAUUGACCAUCAAAUUUACGAGAUUGAUCAUCUCAUAAAUGAUGAUGAAGAUAAUGGUGGCAUUCCAUCGUCACCAGUAUAUUGCAUAUCUGCAAACUGCAAAAAGCAGAUUUUUUUUUAUCUAGAAACAACACUUGCGUUAAUUAUAUAG